ACAAACCCCAGAUUUGCUAAUUUGUUUUCUUGUCUUGUCUUUCUGGUUUUGCAUUGAUUUCUCCCUUCUGGGUUUGUCCCAGAAAUGGUCACUUCCUUCUGGGUUUGCAGCAUAUGAUGCAUUGUCUGCAGAAGAAGAGGUACCGAGAACGUUAGACACAGAAGAAGAAGAAAAAGAGGGUGUGAUUUCAUUUGAUGGAGGAAGGUGGAUAGAGGCAAGAGGAAUGUGAGAGGGAAGGUGUAGGGUGAUAAUGAGCAAAGAGUUGAGAUUCUUUGUCAAUGCCUGCAAAGCAACAGUGCGCAAAACACAUAUAGGAGGAAAGAAGAGGGCGAACCCUUUAUUCACAACAAUGUCUGUAGCCCCUGCAGAUGAUGAGCCAGCUGAAACCUAUAAUGCCGAGAAGGUUCUAGCCAAUGGUGACUUCUACACAGGUCAAUGGCUUGAUAGCUAUGCACAUGGGCAAGGCAAGUACCUGUGGACAGAUGGGUGCAUGUACGUUGGAGAAUGGCAUAAGGGUAAGACAGCAGGGAAGGGAAAGUUCAGCUGGCCAUCUGGUGCUACUUAUGAAGGAGACUUCAAAAAUGGGUUCAUGGAUGGUAAGGGGACUUAUACUGGUUCAUUUGGGGAAACAUAUAGAGGUUCAUGGGUGAUGAAUCUGAGAUAUGGGCAGGGGAGUAAGAGCUUUGUCAAUGGGGAUCACUAUGAGGGCGAAUGGCGCCGAGGAUUGCAGGACGGUCAGGGGAGGUAUCAGUGGAGGAAUGGGAACCAUUACAUUGGCCAAUGGAAGAGUGGGAUGAUUCAUGGGAGUGGGACUAUGAUUUGGAACAAUGGGAAUAGGUAUGAUGGGUCUUGGGAAGAAGGGUUGCCUAAAGGAAAUGGCACAUUUAGGUGGGCUGAUGGGAGUUUCUAUGUGGGUGUUUGGAGUAAGGAGAGUAAGGAUCAGAGUGGGACUUAUUAUCCAGCUGGUUCUUCUGGUGGUCAUGUGGAUUGGGAUCCUCAGGAGGUGUUUGCAGUGGACUUGAAUGAUUGUAAGGUGUGUCCGCUGGAGACUAUUUCGGUUUUCCCGUCACAGAAGAUGCUGAAUUGGCCUGGAUUGGAAGGGGAGUUUAUGAACAAGCCGCCUAUUUAUAAGAAUGGAAGCGAUGGGAAUAUGAGGCCUAGGCGAUCGUCUGAUGCGAGGGGGAGUAAUGUUAGCAGAGGAUCCAAUUGUGAUAGCAAUUUUGAUGGAAAUGUUGAGUUCGGUGGUUCGGUUGCUAGAAACAGAUUUGCAGUUCAGCCAACAAAGAAGCAAGGGGUCACAAUAUCUAAAGGACAUAAAAAUUAUGAGCUUAUGCUUAAUCUGCAGUUGGGGAUCAGGCAUUCUGUUGGAAGGCCAGCUCCGACUACAUCCCUUGAUCUGAAGACUUCAGCAUUUGAUCCCAGGGAAAAAGUUUGGACGAAGUUCCCCCCAGAUGGAUCCAAGUAUACUCCACCUCACCAGUCGAGUGACUUUAAAUGGAAGGAUUACUGCCCUGUGGUGUUCAGGACUCUGAGGAAACUGUUUAAGGUCGAUCCAGCAGACUACAUGAUAUCACUAUGUGGAAAUGAUGCCCUUCGAGAACUCUCAUCCCCCGGAAAGAGUGGCAGCUUCUUUUACUUGACCAAUGAUGACCGUUACAUGAUAAAGACCAUGAAGAAAGCAGAAGUAAAAGUUCUUCUGAGAAUGCUUCCUGCUUACUAUAAUCAUGUUCGAGCGUUUGAGAAUACUCUGGUGACAAAGUUUUUUGGUCUUCAUUGUGUAAAACUAACUGGACCUACCCAAAAGAAGGUUCGUUUUGUCAUAAUGGGGAAUCUAUUUUGCUCCGAGUAUGCCAUUCACAGAAGAUUUGAUUUGAAAGGCUCUUCCCUUGGCCGUACAACCGAUAAACCUGCAGCACAAAUUGAUGCAACAACAACUCUUAAAGAUCUUGAUCUUAAUUAUAUAUUUAGGUUACAGAAGGUUUGGUUUCAAGAAUUUUGCAGGCAAGUGGACAGAGAUUGCGACUUCCUUGAACAGGAAAGAAUAAUGGACUACAGUCUUUUAAUUGGUCUUCACUUCCGAGAAGCUUCAGCCAACGAUCCCCUUGCAACUCCGGAUCGUACUUCUGGACUUCUCACUCCAUCUGGACAUAGUGACCCUGACCUUGAUGGAGCUGCUCGAGUUUCUACGGGUGAAAUGGAUCGGCUUCUUUCUGACCCAAACAGGUGGGCUUCUAUUAGAUUAGGUAUUAAUAUGCCAGCAUGGGCGGAAAAGACUCUGAGAAAACCUGAUAGUGAGGCACAGUUGGUCGGAGAACCAACGGGAGAGUUGUAUGAUGUCAUCCUGUUUUUUGGUAUCAUUGACAUACUACAGGAUUACGAUAUCAGCAAAAAGCUUGAACAUGCCUACAAGUCAUUCCAAUAUGAUCCAACUUCAAUCUCCGCUGUUGAUCCAAAGCAGUACUCUAGACGCUUCCGUGCUUUCAUCUUCAGAGUUUUUGUAGAAGACACAUGACGACGGUGUAGUCUGACCCAAAAUUUUAACUUCAAGUGCAGGCAGCCAUCUAUGUAUAGUCGGGUAUUUAAUGGAAAUGACAAUGCUUACUAGCAGGAUCAUGAAUGUGAUCACUAAUAUCACCAUUCAAGAUCAAAUAGAGGCCGCUAGGGGAAAAAGAUUUUGCAUAUUUGUUGUUGCAUUUCUCCCCAGAAUCAAAAUCUAUAAUUUAUAGUCACAGAU